GCAGCAUGGAAACACUGAGCAAGAUGUGGGGAACAAGAACAUGAGCAGCUUACAGAGAACAAUGUCCUCAGACUCAACAGACUCAGGUUGUGCUUUGGACUCGCCGGGCCCUGCAGCCUCGGGGGACCUCGUGGAGGAAGCGUUUGAGAAGGCAAUUCUUGAGUCUAGCAGGCUGAACAUGCGAAUGCCCUUCAGAAGAAUACACUCCCUGCCACAAAGCCUCCUGGGGGCCAGCCCUGCUCUGAGGAGGAACCAGCCCAGCUCCCUGGAGGGUGAUGCUCUGCAACAGCUGGGACAGGAGGCAAACAAGGAGAACGAAUCAUUUGAGUUUAAGAAGCCAACCAAACCAGCCUCUCGUUCUGCCCAGUCCCAUGAUGGGAAAGGUGUUCCUGGGCCCAGGCAGAAUUCCUCUCCAGCUCAGGGGUUUGCUCUGGGUGAAACACCCACAGGCAAGCAUCAGUACAGGGCAGCUUUCCUGCAGCAGUCUCCUCUGGUGUCCUCUGAGAGUGAAGAUGAUGAUGGGUUCCUAGAGCUGCUGGAUGAGCAAGAUUUGAAGAAUGAUGAGGAGAUGCCAGCUGACGUGUCGAGCCUCUGGACCGCGCCGCUGGUCAUGAGGAGAUCGGACACUCGGGGCAAACGGUGCCGGUUGUUCGGCUCCUCAUCUCUGCCCAGUGGUGCUGGAAGAACCACCCAGAAAAGGAUGGAGAGGUCCCAGGAAGAGGAUUCUCCAGGGAAAAGCAAGAAGAGGAAGAGCCUGCCUGGAACACCUUCUGAGGACUCCACGAGCCUGAAAAUGGUAAAGACACAAUCCUCCACAGCAGAGAUCGAAAGCAUUCUGGACAGUGACCAGAGGGACCUUAUUGGGGACUUCUCAAAGGGUUAUUUAUUCCACACUGUGGAUGGGAAACAUCAGGAUUUAAAAUACAUCGACUCAGAAAUGAUUGUGUCUGUGCUGACCGGGAAGUUCGCGAGCUUCAUCAAGGAGUGUGUGAUAAUUGACUGUAGGUACCCCUACGAGUACGAGGGAGGACACAUCAAGGGGGCUGUGAACCUGCACAUGGAGGAGGAGGUGGAGGACUACCUGCUGAAGAAGCCCAUCCAGCCCUCGGAGAACAAGCGCGUCAUCGUCGUGUUCCACUGCGAGUUCUCCUCCGAGCGGGGCCCUCGAAUGUGA